AUGAGCGCCCCAGCGACCAGCAAGCGCGCCCUCGAGUCGUCCUCGCCAGCCCUCGACGACCCCGAUCCGCAGAAGAAGCGGCGCCUCGAACCUUCCCACGACCCGGAGGAGACGCUCAACCUCCUCCUCCCAGCCCUCGACACGGCCACACAGCUCAGCCGGCACACGGUCGAGGCGACCCGCGCCGCGCGGGACGCUUGGACCGAGGUGCUGGACACUGCGGACGAGGGCGACGACGUGUGCGCCCGCUUCCAGCGACUCCUGGUCGAGGCUCAGAAGCGGACGAGGCAAGCGAGGGACGCGGCGGACGGCUUGCUCGUCUCGUUGAAGGCGCACGAGCAGGGGUGUGGCACGACGCUCGGCGUGGCUACGGCCAUACCCGAGGCUGUGCUGGUGGAGGAGGGCGCCGGCCCGGGGGAUCCCGGAUACGAGGCCGACUCGGAGGAUAUGUAG